UUUACUUGUGUAUCUGAGUGUCAAGCUUGACACGAGUCUGGGACAGUGAACCGGGAGUACUAAACACUCGCUGAAAAAACCCGGACCGUUGCUCUCCUAACACGAACCAUGAGCAAUAUCGAAUGUCAAGCAGCCGAAACGCUGCAGGUCCAACUGUCCCGGCCGGACACCGGCACCCCUUGGGGGUUCCGACUGCAGGGCGGAGUCGACUUCAGCACCCCCCUAUCUAUCCAAGUGGUUCAGCCCAACAGCGUGUCUGAGAGGGCGGGUCUGGUGGCCGGUGACGCCAUCCUGCAGAUAAACAACACACCCGCAGACACACUGACACACGAAAAUGCCAAGAUGGAAAUUGUCCGCUCAGGAAACGAUAUCAAUUUGCUCAUUGCACGUGGUGCUGUUAGAAUCUGGAAACCACAGGUAACCCCGUUAUCUGAACUGCGUCCCGCAGAGCUUAGAACGAUCAAAACUGCAACUGGAGACGAAAUGCAGACAGUUCAGAGGACCUCUCUCGUUAUGAACAAACCUUCACAGGAGCCCUGCGCGAUAGGCAGCAGUCACAACCGAGCAGCCCAGCCGUUUGGUGCCCCGAAGACAGCCAUCCCCAACGUGGUGCAUGCCCAGUACAACACGCCCAUCGGUCUGUACUCCCCCGACAACAUCGCCAAUACCUACACCUCACAGACAGCCGGCAUACAGAAAGAGAUGCAGAACCUGGAUAUUAAUGACCAGCAGAUCGGGGCGAAGAUGACGGGCACAUACCAGCCCGUGGCGAGUUCGCCAGGUCAGAGUGCACGCUACCAGGACCUGAACCCUGGUGAAGAGAUUGAAUACAAAGGCUAUACUAACCCAAACCUGCAGUCCCGCUCAUUCCACGCCGUCGCGGCCAAGCUUGAGGAAGAGGGGGAAUUAGGUGCUGGUUUUCGCCCAGUUCAGCCACCAGCUGCAAAACCGCCAGGUCAGCAGAAGCCACAGCAGCCUUCAAUGAGAUGUGGAGGGUGUGACAUGCUGGCAACUGGAGUGAUAGUGAGAGCUAAAGGCACCCCGUACCAUGUGGAAUGUUUUAAAUGUGCAUCAUGUGGAAUGAAUCUCAAACAAAAAGGGUAUUUUGUCAUAGAGGACAAAUUAUUUUGUGAAAUACAUGCCAAGAGAAUGGCGCAAGCACCAGACUCCAACAUGGUUGCCACUGCAGUGUACAGAUAAAUCCUGAGGAAAUAUUUAAUGUGUGCCAUAUAUCGCCCAGUUGUCAGUUGAGCCCAAUAGUGUGAUACGACAUUCUACUUCCAGUUUUUAGAUCUAGUGCUAACUAGAUUAGACUACCACAAACAACACCCAAGGACUGCAUGGACCCUAGUUCUUCCUGUUUGUCUCGGAUACAGUCCUCAUGGCUUUACAACGGAAUCAGAACAUACAUGUAUGCCAAGAAAAUAAUACAGGACUAUGUUCAGUUUUUAAGAUACUGUGCCUGGACAUUCCAUGGAAGUUCCAAGGAUUUGAAUAUUGCAGUCGAAACACUCAGUUUGGAGACCUUUUGAAAAUACCUUCCCUCUGCCGUUUAAUCUAUUUAGUCCCAGGGCAUUAACUUACUUAUAAUAGUACACAGUAAUGGUGAUAGUAUUGUUAUUGAAAGUUUUCAUGUGUUGCAGUAGCAUUGUUACUGGCACUAAUGCUGUGGUAAUACAUUUUAUUCUGUUACUAAAUUCCAUCACCAUUUUUUUAGAACCACAGUGACAAACCCUAAUAGCUGUCUUUCUUGUUACAUAUCUUUGAUUGUUAUUAUUAUUGAAUAAAAGAAUAAAAUUUGCAAUAUUUACAUUUACGUUUUUAAAAUACUACAAAAAGCUUAUGAUACUAAAAGAAUGAUAUCUCUGAACAAGAUGGAGGUAAAACACUGCUACAUUAUUAAAGUUAUAAUUUUUAAAACGACAAUCUUCAAUAAGUUCUCUCAUGAAGAAAAUCUUUUUUCAGUUAAGUUACACAACAGUGUUCCAGUUUUCACCCUAUCAUUAAAAAAAAGAUCUAGUCCUGUUGGGGAGAAUUUAGGAGAUGUGGGAAAAUUAAGAAUAAAUAUUGGCACCCAAUGGCCAAAAGAUACUUGGAGGAAAAUAUCUUAGCAAUUUGUCUUAAGUCCGAUCCCUGGCCAUGCCAGAGACCUGACUCAGGAUAGACGUGUUGAAACACUUGUGGGAUACACGCAUGUUAAUAAGAGUUCUGAGUCUUGAGUAAUUUUAAAUUAGCUUUUCUGUCAUUUUAAAAUUUGGUUGGAGCCUUUAAAAAAACAUUAGGGCUUUUUAUUUUAUUCAUCUUGGUUUAAAUUGUUUAUCUCUGCCCUAUCUAGGACCUAUCAAAGGCAGACUAAAAUGCUAACUUCUUACAACUAGUCCUCUUAUAGAGAAUAUGGUCACACACAUCAUCUAUCGGUACUAGUCAUAUACGCUCAUAAAACUUUAAACAUAAUAUAAUAGCAGGGUAUAGUCAAAAUGUUUUCUACAUAUCAUGUUCUAGUAAUAUAAAAAAACACCAAAAUUAAAUUCUCAUAUCGAAAAAACAAUGUCCAUGCUGUACAAAAUAAGGAUAAUUUUUUUAUUUAUUUAUUUUAUUUUAUUUUUACUACCUGAUGUUGAUAGAUUGUGCAAGGUUCGCUAGUUUUGUCAAGUGGGGAAUAUAUUUAAUAUGGAUUUCCAUUUGAUGUAUUAGCAUCAUUAGUACAUAUCAAAAUCCUUUGUAAAAAGGAUUGGGGGAUGUUUUCCAUUACAUUUUAUCUUGGAUGUUAACUAAGUAUUUAUUAGAAAGUUGUUUACAUUAGCUUUUUCUAUGUAAAUAUUUACUAAAUAGUUUUGACAAGAUUUGGGAUAUAUUUCCCUCCAGAGGUUUGUUAACAUAUCUGCAUAUUAUAGUGAUAAUGAUGCUAGCAUAAUCAAAGUAUUUAUAGCUAUUGCCUUUGCUUGUAUGUAUGCAUAAUAAUUAUUACGAUUUGAUGACUGUUAUGUAUUGAAAAUAAGAUAUUUAUACAUACACUAUCUAUACCUUUAGUUAGAAUGCUGUCAAAAUUAUGACAGUCUAAUAGUUGUUCUUAUAAAACAGUUUGGUAUUUAUUGCAGAUUAGGGAGGUUUUUUGGUGUGUUUUGUUUUUUGUUUUUUUUAUAAUACACAUAAGCCAAUAGAUUUGAGACUGGUGGAGCUGAUCCAGAGGUAACUGUUGAGGGAGCGUAUGGUGUAAGGUGAUGUAUUUUAAUGAAAUUGGGAGGUAUUUGGGGUGGGGGGUUUUGUUAGUGAUGGUUUCUUACAAACUUUUCAGAAUAUAAGUUUUUAAAUGUCAUGUUUGUUGAGGAUGUGAGUGAGGGAAACGAAAGGAAGGAUGGGACCUCUCUGCCACUGAGUUAAUGGGUGUCAAAUCUGUUUUGUUUUCAAUCAGGUCACAUACAUUGGAGUGUUUCAAGUGUGCUCCAAUCCCAACCCUCAUUAACCAGCAAGGAUGCUAUUUUUGGAAAUAACAGUGGCGGAUCCAGAAAAUCAAUUGGGGGGGGGGGGGGGGGGGGGGGGGGUGUCAAUAACAUGUUCCCGAAGGGAUUCCUUGGAUUCUCCACCGUAAACAUUUUAAAAAUAUAACUGUCGCAAAAUUAAGAGGGGGGAACCAGGCUCCUGGGCUCACCCCCACCCUCUUAGAUCCACCACUGUUAAACCUAGUUGUGGCUAUCAGCGUCCUAGAUUUGUUAUUUGACACCAAAUUAUGACAAAUAUUUAGGGAUAAACACCCUAUAUUAUAAUUAAUUUUAUGAUGAUUAUAGAUGUCAUAUGUUGCUUUUUUCUUGCUUAUACCAUUACCAAGGUUCAAGCAUGCUGUCCAUGACAACCAACACUAGAUCCACUACUUACAUAUUCACAUGUAACUGGUUGAAGAUUUACAUAUAAUGUUUUGUUACCGUUUUGUUUUAUUUAUGAAUUGUAACCAAAAUCUCCCCUCCCAACAGUCUGUUUACAACAGGUUCUGAUCUGCAUACAUAAAUGUUUGACUAUA